AUGUCGGCUCUGGAGUGGUACGCGCACAAGUCCUUGGGCGACGGCAUCUUCUGGAUCCAGGAGCGCUUCUUCGAAUCCGGCAACCGUGCCAACAUCUGGCUGGUGCGCGGCACUGAGCAGGACGUAGUGAUCGAUACCGGGCUGGGGCUUCGAAGCCUGCCCGAAUAUCUGUACUCGGCUGGCCUCCUGCAGGACCCGGACAAAGGGGAGGACUUGGUGCGACGGCCGCUGCUGGCCGUGGCCACCCACGUCCACUUCGAUCACGCCGGUGGACUCUACCAGUUUGACCAGGUAGCCGUGCAUCGGGCCGAGGCGGACGCCCUGGCCCGCGGAGACAACUUUGAGACGGCGACCUGGCUGUCGGAGAGCGAGGUGGUGCGGGCGCCCAGCCCUGGCUGGAACGCCAGGCAGUUUCGAGUGCAAGCGGUGCAGCCCACCCAUAUCCUGCAGGAGGGUAAUGGAGCCCUAACCCGCAGCCUCUCCCGCGCCCAGCCCCCCUGGACUGAGCCCCCAGUCGAGCCCUCCUCCUCUCCAGACGGCGCCGACAGCCUGUGGGAGCUGCAGCUGUGUCAGCAGCCCGAAGAGAGGGAGAGGCCUGGUCGCACCUCUAUCUGUUAG